GUGGAGUUUGAAGGCCUGAAACAUGAAAUUAAAAGGCUCGAAGAGGAAACAGAGUUUCUCAACAGCCAGCUCGAAGAUGCCAUACGGCUGAAGGAGAUCUCCGAACGCCAGCUCGAGGAGGCCUUAGAGACGCUGAAGACAGAGCGGGAGCAGAAGAACAACCUCCGUAAGGAGCUCUCCCACUACAUGAACAUCAAUGACUCCAUGUACAACAGCCACCUGAACAUCUCCUUGGAUGGGCUGAAGUUCAGCGACGAAGCCACAGAGCCCAAUAACGAUGAAAUGAUGAAUGGGUUUGAACAGAGCUGCCUCAGCAAAAUCAGCAACGGCAAGAACAGUACGUCAACGCCCAAGAAAAAUGAGAGCUUCCCUCCAGCCCCAAGUCUGGUUUCAGAUCUUCUGAGCGAAUUAAACAUUUCUGAAAUCCAGAAGCUGAAACAACAGCUUGUACAGAUGGAAAGAGAAAAGGUGAACUUGUUAACAACGCUACAAGAAUCCCAGAAGCAGCUGGAAAAUACACGGGGGGCCCUCUCGGAGCAGCAUGAGAAAGUUGGCAGACUCACAGAAAACCUGAAUGCGAUGAAGAAGCUCCACGUCAGCAAGGAACGUCAGUCUGCCCUUGACAACGAGAAGGACCGAGACAGCCAUGAAGAUGGAGACUAUUACGAAGUUGACAUCAACGGGCCAGAGAUCCUGGAGUGCAAGUACAAAGUGGCUGUGGCAGAGAUUACUGACCUAAAAGAAGAGCUUAAAAACCUCAAGGACAAAUACAAAGAGUGUGAGUCUAAGUAUGAGGAAGAGAAGAGCAGGUAUGAGACUGAGAGCCAAGCUCUCACGGAAAAGAUCACCUCGCUAGAAAAAUCCAGUAGGCAUGAUAGAGAGCAGGUGGCCAGACUGGAGAAGGAGCUGAAGAAGGUCAGUGAUGUUGCUGGAGAAACACAGGGCAGCCUCAGCGUGGCCCAAGAUGAACUGGUCACCUUCAGUGAAGAGCUUGCCAACUUGUACCACCAUGUCUGCAUGUGCAACAACGAAACUCCAAACAGAGUGAUGCUGGAUUACUACAAGGAAGGUAAAGGCGGACGCAGUAGUCCAGAGAGCAAGGGAAGAAGAUCUCCCAUUCUUCUUUCUAAAGGGCUGUUAACUAUAGAGCUAGGAAAGGCAGAGAACGGAAGUGGUGACAGCAGCCCAUCUCCAGUGUCAUCUCUGCCGUCUCCUGUGUCAGAUCCUCGUAAGGAGCCAAUGAACAUUUACAACUUGAUCGCUAUCAUCCGGGAUCAGAUCAAACACCUGCAGGCUGCCGUGGACAGAACAACUGAGUUGUCCAGGCAGCGUGUUGCCACUCAAGAAUUUGGGCCAGUGGUGGACAAAGACAAGGAAGGUCUCAUGGAAGAAAUCCUGAAGUUGAAGUCGCUGCUGAGCACCAAGAGAGAACAGAUAGCAACUCUGAGAACUGUGCUGAAGGCCAACAAACAGACUGCAGAGGUAGCCCUUGCCAACUUAAAAAGCAAGUAUGAAAAUGAGAAAGCGAUGGUUACGGAGACAAUGAUGAAGCUGCGAAAUGAGCUGAAGGCAUUGAAAGAAGAUGCUGCUACCUUCUCUUCCCUGAGAGCGAUGUUUGCUACAAGAUGUGACGAGUAUGUCACACAACUGGAUGAAAUGCAGCGGCAGCUUGCAGCGGCCGAGGACGAGAAGAAGACUCUGAACUCCUUGCUUCGCAUGGCUAUCCAGCAGAAACUGGCACUGACUCAGCGCCUGGAACAUCUGGAGCUGGACCACGAGCAGUCCAAAAGGGUGCGCACAAAAUCUGCUUCCAAAGCCAAGAGCAGUAACCCUAGUGUAAGUCAUAUUCGGUCCUGCGGAGACAGGUCUGAAGGAUCUGUCCUUAACAACCAGGUUUUUUGUAGUGAGAAAUAUAAAAUCUAUUGUGACUAGGAGAGGUGUGUAGAAAAAUCAUAUUAUGCAUCUUAAUUUUAUGCUGUAACUGUCAGCGUAAAUCCCCACUAUCUAAUGUCGCAGUGAGUUGACUUGUACUAGUAUGUUGUUGAACCAGGUAAUACAAAUUGUAUUAUGGUGGUCUUAACUGUAACUAAUUAAUAGGUAUGGGGAUGCUAUUAACAGGUUAAUAGUGGAAAGGAAUUAGCUUUUUCCACAAUUAACAUGUAUGGGUUUGGCUGUUUAUGGUAAGUGUUAAGAGAGUACACCUGAUAUAGUAUAUCUGGUG